UAACCCCUCUCAAUGCUAUUGUAGAUAAUUGAUUGGUCGAUAUCGAUCUGAUAUCAUUAUCCACAGUUCCCCUCAGUCUCCUCUUGUUUGCACACACAUGACCUGCUGAAUGGAGCGACCCAAUUUCGUGGCUACGCCCUGGCGCAAUGGGUGCGAGUUGUUGGAGUUGAGGACUUGGUUCUUUGGGGCGAGGGAGCAAGGGAGCGGGCAGGGGAAAGUGGAUAGGAGGAGAGAGGGGGUCGAUAGGGUCCUGGCGUGGCGGGCCCGCAAGCCCGAACUCCCGCUUCUGCUGGACUCGACGGCGGAUCUGGUCGAUGCGGUACUGCAGGAUGAGGCCGGGCUGGAGGCGAGUGCGCUGCGGUUGGUGUAUGCGGCUGCCGUGGCGAGAUUCAUUACAGGCCUCACCGACACCACCCUCGACCUCCGCCGUUCCCGUCCCCACUGGCAUAUCCCCACCUCAUCUGCCUCCCAACCAGUCCACAACACUUCCGACGCUCCCUUCACCUCCACCCGUCCGAAUGCCAUUUCCUCCUCCUCGACAACAACCACCACCACCUUCCUCGACCUCCCCGCCCACCUCCUCGAAACCCGCCACAACAUCGUCCACCGCCACCUCCCUCCACUCUCCGUGCUCAAGAAAGCAGCUCGAGAUUCCCUAAAAUGGCUCUGGGACGCAUAUUGGUCGCACCUGGACAUCGGCCUCGCAGGUCCCACGCCGGAUGCCUCACCUCGCGACUCUCUCGAAGGCACCUCUUCAGCGCUGAGGGAGAAGCUUCACGGCGUGUUGAAGACGUACCUGCGCGCUCGCAAAGCCGAACUCCUGUCCUCCUCCUCCUCGUCGUCGGCGGCGAGCAAGAAGACGAGAUCGAAGUCGCAGUCUGCCACUGACAAGUCUACUACUACGUCGUCCGCGGCUGCGGAAACGGCCCUGUUUACGCUGUCCACGCUACCCGCGACGCCCCUCUCCAGUCCGCCAGUUCGAGAUACUUUGCUGGAGUUACUGGUGCUGGGACCGGAGCCGAUGAUUCUGCCGACGGCGAGGCGUCAGGGGAGGACGAGUAAGGAGGAUCAUGAUGACAGUGCAAGUAAGAAGACGAAUAAUAACAUGGCGGGCGCAUUCCUGCUAUGGUCUCCCCUGCUCCUCCUCCUUUCCUCCCCUCCAUCGUCAGCGUCCUUCUCCUCUUCCACGUCUCAAGGAUCCCCAUCCCCACCCUCGUUCCUCCCAGCCUUCGUCGAAGCUUUACUCACCGCUCUCGACGGCCCGACGGGUACUCGGGAAUCGGCCACGCAAAACGGAUUACAAGCCUGGCUCCUGCACGUCCUCACCUCGGAAGCAUUCAGCUCGGUACGGAAGUCUUCAAAGGGAAGCAGGGAUCUGGUGCGGGAGACGUUGGAGGCGUGCUUCACGACUCCCUCCGCGGCGAGGUUAUCUGUUGCCGAGGCUUUGCUGGGGAGUGAAGGGAGUGGGAUUGCGAGGGGGGAGAGGCAGAUGUGGGGUGCUGUUUUGGAGGCUGCGAGGAGAGGGACGGGGAGAGAGGAGCAGGAGCAGCAGGAGGGGGAGGGGAAGCCGGGAGAAGGGCAGAAAGAACAAAGGGAUGAGGAGGACGCUAUGCAGAUCGACAUGCACGAAACAGAGCUUGCACCGGAGGCGAAGGCGGUGAAGAAGCUGAGCGGGCCGCAGAAGUAUGUCGGGUUGUGGAGACCACGGCCUAUUGGGUGGGUUGGCGGCGAUUGAGGGAGUCAAUUCGGGAGUCACCAGCAGUUCAGCAGAUGCCGUGCCUUAAAUGCGCCGGAGGAAGUUGGAGAUUACAAAGACGUCGCCUUUUGAUAUCUCGCACGCGCAG